AUGACGCCUGUAUUUCUUAAGAAGAUGGAGCCCUUCUUCACUCCCCGCAACAAGAUCCCCCUGCAGAUUGUUUUAGUCAUCUUGAUCAUUACCGUCAUUACCCUCUCCGGCGUCCGCCUUAUCUUGCCCAAUCGGCCCCCAGGUCGCUCCACCACCAUGGGUCUCGGCAUGGGUGCCAAGUCCCUCAUCAUUCUGUCCUACGAGAUCCUCGCCGAGCACACUGUCCGCUUCCAUCGUUGGAGCAGCCUCAAGGCUUACUUUAUCCUGAAUGCCAUGGAGGUUGUCUUUUGGGCCGCUGUUGCUUUCAUGAUGAUCCGUGGUAAUUCUCAAGUUUGUGUCGGAACAAGUUGCGCUCUGGGUUGGGUAGUCUUUGUGUUGGCUGGUAUCUUGAGCCCGAUGUACAAGUAUCUUGCCGUGGUUAGCUUCUUGGAUUGGCGAUUCUACAAGAAGAAUGGGUUUCCCCGUGGUGCGAGGACAAAGAACACGGAUGAAUCUCUCAGCACUCUUCGUUCAGAGAGCCUCCCUGACACGGCUUAUCACCAUUGAGAGGAGAGAUAGUACCAAGUCACUUCACAAGACUUUGAGGAGACUACCCUAUGCAUUCGCUUAGCAC